CCGUACAUUUAUUAAUCAUUACUCGACCGACACCGUAGUCAGCCGCGUUCUGUUUCAUGACGUGUCUACGGCCUGUAAUUGGCUGCUAUUUACCUUACCCCCAUAAAAUCUAGUCAGUGUAUUCAAUCAUUUCGUCAUUUGAAACCCAGCCCACUGUUUUUGACAAGAAAAUGGUGGAUAAUCUAAGGACAUAAGAAGUUCAGUUAAAUUGGAUCAAGGAAAGAGCAAGAUUUAUCGCAGAUUUACCCGAAGAGGAGUUCAAUGAUUGGGUUUUAAACGCCCGGUCAUUUAGUUUGGCACCGGGGAAAAGCACCAUGAGUGGUUCACACGUUACAGUUAGCAUGCCUGGUUCAGGUAGCGAUGGAGACGAACCAAUAGUAUCCCUUCAAUCCUCCAUCAGGAAGACUCUUCAAUCAGGAAGUCUAACUGACCGAGAUUCGGGUCGUCCAGGCACCAUAAGCAGAAAGCACAGUACGUCUUCGGAUUUGAGCGAAGAAUCACGGGGUUUCUAUGACUACUUUCCAAAAACCGAUAAACCUGAAAAUGAAAACGUGAAUAUCCGUGAUGAUCCAUGCCCUGAUUUUGACGAGGCGGUCGAUGUGGAGUCUGAUAAAAGUUCGAUUGAGUCUCCACGCAGUGAAGAUUCCGGAAAAGGAGAAUAUAAUGUAAUGCAACCGGAUGAAUACUGUGACAGCAUCGAGAUGAAAACAUUCUCUCAAUCUAAGGACUAUCACGCCAGUGACGAGGAUAGCGACGACUUUUCGAACCCUCAUGGUUAUCUCUAUAGUAAACAAUACGGUUACCAACGACUACGUGAGGAUAAUGAUGAAUACGAGAUGGCAGCAAGCGUGGAACAAUCUUCAAGAAUUCAACCAGAUAUCAGUUUCCCAAGAUACUCCAAAGCCAAUACAGAUCAUGCCCAUUCUGUUGGUGUGGAUGAGGGAAUAGCCUUCACUCUCAAAGCUGAAUGGCCGACACAUAAACCACGUACCUACGUGUCAACAGAACGUGACAUAAAGUUGAAGAGAAGGAGCAAAGCUCAAGAUGAGACAGAUAGUCGAGGACAGAUUGACGAGAACGGUAAUCCGGUGUCUAAAGGCUACCCUCAGAUGAGAGAACGUCCAGUUAGUCGAGAAGAAAUCGCGUUAAAUAGUUCUGUAUUCCCCUCCCAUAGAUAUGGCUCUACUACCAGCGACUUGCAUCUUUCACAAUUCACUGGUCUGGAACAAAGCUCACCUCACAAUACCGAACCGAAAAACAAAAUCGGCAAUAAGAAAAAUAAACUCAAGAAGGUAGAACAAGUUUGUUUGGCGGAAAAUGUGGAAAAUUACGUCGGAGAUAAAGAUUUGGAAGAACUAGUCAAAUUUAUCGAACAAAAUGACAUUAAAGAAAAUCAGUUGAAAAAAACGAAUGGUACUUUGGAUGUUAAGGUUGAAAAAACAGUAAAAAGAAGUAAAGACAAGAAAACCAAGACUACAGUGUUUGUCCUUCCGCCUCUGCCUAAACCAGGCGAUCAUAUUGUGAUUGACAUUGAAGGUAACGGGGACGAAUUAGCGAACAUCUCCUCGGACAUGGGAAAUUCCAAUGAAAAAGUAACAGAAGAAAAUAUCCAGAUUCUGGAAGGUAGGGCUAAAAAGGAUACCGAACUUUCUAAAUCUCAAGAUGGCGACAAAUCCCUUUUGCAUAAAGGUCAAGGUGCUGAGACAAAAAGUAAAACUAAACUUGUGAAAGAGGAAGGGGGUGAGAAACGUACCAAAAACGGCAACAAUGUGAAAAAAGAAACAAAAGUUAACGGUUACAAUCACACAGUGGAACAUUUCGACACUACCCCCGUCGCAAAAGAGAUUGAAAAGAAAGGAAAGGACACUAAUAAAAAGAUGGUGUCUCCAUCGACUGCCAAAACCUCUCCAGAGGGCAUUACUAAUGAUAAAAAGAAAGGUAACUCUAAGUUACAUGUGGACACAACAACCAGUAAUGAAAAGAAACUUUUGAAUCAUACCAAGUCUCCCAAUGAUAUCAAAUCUACCCAUCCUACCUCCCCAAUAAUAUGUAAAAGUGAAAUUGACGUAGCUGAAUUAGACGCUCAUUAUAUUUUUACUGACUUACCUGUUGCACAGGUAGAACCAGAGUUUACGGUUGUAGGUAAAAAGAAAAAGAAAACCUUAAUCCAUGGGAAAGAACAGGUUCCAUUCAUGGCAGGAAUUUCAAGGGAAUUUCCUGUUACUAAGUCAAAGUUUCGUGAUAACUAUUCAACCCCCGUGCCUCGCUCAGUUACACCUCCUCCCAUUAAAUCUAGAGACAAAAACCAAGAUUUCAGUCUUUCCGCAUUCCCAGCUCUUGGUAACACAGCUGUUACUAAGGAAAAGUCCGGCUCCCUGGAGCCGCGUCGUAGCUCCAUUGGUGAGUUGCCCCUAACCGGUGAAACUAGUUCUAUUGACGAUAGCGACAUAGCAUCCGUGAAAUCACUGCCCGCCGGUCAACCGGCAAAAGCUGACAUGCUUGCUUCACGGUUCCAGAAAUCUUAUGCAAAAAUAGCUGCGGGCCCUAAACCGAUUGGUCAGUUCUCUCCGGAUGCUUCCAUGGAAGAUUAUUCGGAAGAAUCUGUUGAGAAACCAAAGCAAACCGUGUGGAAGGGCAGCUUGACAGAACGGCGCCAUUCUAUUGGAUCAAGUCCUGAUGACAAUAAACUGGAUAGUGGAUCUGGUUUGACGGAAAAGUCACGCCAAAAAAGUGGGAGCCAGGAAGUUCUCAAAAUAGACGCCAAUUCUAAACCUAGUGAAACUGCCAAUAUAAAAGUUGAGGAUGUUGUGACAAACAUUGACAGUCCUGUUGUUGUUACUGAUAGUGAUAAAACUACCAUGGCAACAUGUGAUUCACUUUCACAAGAUGUUAAACCGUGCGACUAUUCGUCUUCUACAAGUGAGAAAUUAAUGAUCACACUUAAAAGCCAAGAAUAUAAACAAUUAAUUAGCACCAAAUCUGAUUCGGUAUCUAAGCUAAACUGUAAUAAUAAUGAUCCACCACCCAUUCAACCCUUUGAUAUCAGGCAGUUAGACUUUGUAAGCCAGGACAAAAUGUCCUCUCUUCCUCUUUCUGUAGCUCAGUCGUCAACUGUUGUGAGUUCGUCAGUAACUUCUAAUAAGGAAAACAAUAACAGUGUUGUGACGAAAAAGAUUUCCGUGAACCAGACAGUAAACCAAGUGACUUCAAAUAGUAAAAUGAUUAAUAGGAAUUUUAAGGACACCAGAUCUCAAAAAGUGCCGACCCCUUCGGUGGACGUGAAACCAUUGAAAAACAACAAAUCGGUUCCGAAAAUUCCUCUUAACGGUCGAAAAAAUAAGUCUGUGGUCUUCCUGGAUAAAAAACGUGAUUCUCCGUCGAAUAUUGACAUCACUUUUGGUUUUGAUGAUAUUGGUGAUGAUGUUAAAGAAUUUUUGAGUGAUAAAUCAGAAAAAGUGAAUACAUCUGAUGUUAGGACCGAGGGUGUUACGUUCAAUGCGCGUUCAUUUGUGAAGGUCAACGAUCAUGAAAACAGUGGUCUCAAUUUUAUGAAACCGUUGAAUAAUGUGGUUAAUCCAGGUAACUUGCAGCCAGGUCACGUUUUUACACAAAAACUACUUGCAAACGAUAAGUCUAGCGGCCAUAUUGUGCCCAAUUACACAACAGCCAAAUCGUUGAAAGAACAUGUGAAUUUGUUAAAUGGUGUUGUAAAAAAUGUACAAAGAAUUCCAAAUAAUCCCCAAACAUUGCCAGUUCAGAGAGCAAGCGAGGCUAGAUCUGCAGAAGGCCUUGUUCAAAUAAACCGAAUAGAAGGUUAUGCCCAGUCGUCGUCAACCUCCGUAGUCAAUACACCUAUGUCAGACGACACAGCCAUGGGUAGCCCUGUGUUAGACAAAGCUCCUAUUCUUGUCCACGACAAUAAGAUGGUUAUAUAUUAUGGAGAUGCACUGAGGAACCGAGACGGCCGAAUGAGUAGCAGUGGUGAUAGUAAUAAAUUCAUCCAUUUUCUACUCUCAACUAAUAACUGUGGAAAAUUCAACCAUCAUGAAGCCGUGUCACAGUUAAAGAGAGAUUGGGACAAAGUUAUGGAAUUAAAGUCUAAAAACCCUGAGUGUGUACAAACUUAUGGAAGUCAGUAAAACAAGUUGUUAAUUUAAUUCAAAUGAUAGAGGGAUAUCAGUCAUGUUGUUUUUGUUGUCUGUUUUUCAUUAUUCGUUGCGUUAUUAAAAGACAUAAAUGCGACAAUGAAUUUUAUUUAUAAGAAAAUAUAAAACGUACAUAUGUGUGAACAGCUUGAAACUUUAGCUAAUGUUUAAAUACAUUAUGAAUUAUAAUAAAUUCCUGUGUGAACAUUGAUAAAAACUAAAUUUGAUAAUUCAUUCAUGUUUAAAAUGGAAAACUGAAUCCGUUGAGGAUGUUAUAUGGAAUAUUUCUGUGUGACUGAAAGUGAGUGAUAUAAACAUGUUUCCGUAGUUACCAUGGCAGCCAUAUUUAUAUAUCUGUGUAUUUUGUUUUAGCUUCAAUUUAACAAACAUCUACGGUCGGUCAGCAGGUAUUCAAAAUCGAUUAAUGGGAUAUAUCUUGUAUUUUAUCGAUUUUGGAUAAAGAAAGAAGUAAAUAUCAUGGAUUGGAUGGAAGUGAUAAGGACGAGAGAUUGAACAUUAAUUUGUAAACCAUUUCUAUUCUAAUAUGGGCAUUAGAAUUAUAGUUGACUAAAUAAAUUACCCAAUGGAUACGAAGACAAGUUCGAGAGAAUCUUUAUUUUACUUUGAAUAAUCAAUAAUAUGUCUGAGUGUGGAAACGUGAUAUUCAGAUUAGAAUUAUGUUAUUGUCUUGACGCCCGACUCAAAUCAUUGGGCAUUAAUUUUAAUCCACGGCUAUGUUUUAAUAAGACUCCAGAGAUGCAUCCUUUUUCAUUUUCAUAACAGAUUACAUGGUACUGUAUAAAACUAUAAUGAUGAGAGAUAUUCAUAUUACGUUAUAACUGACUUAGAGAGAGAUUUGUUCCCAUAUAUCCUAUUUCAGAUAAAACAUUAGUUUUUGUAAUGUCAUUGCGUGAAUGAAGCUGUUAAAUCAACAUCAUUGCUUAUUGUUGCGUCGUCUUUGUACAUGUGAUAUAUCGCCAUCAUUAAUUAAAAUAAAUGGAUUACAAGAAUUGGGAGCAGCCAUUUUUAUAGUUCUGCAGCAAAUAAAAAGAAAGAAUUAAAUCCUGAGAGUUACAUUGUGAGCAGCCAUUUUUCUAGUUCUGCAGCAAAUUUUAAAGAAAGAAUUAAAUCCAGCAUUGUUUAAUGUUGGUAAAGCCUGUCAUCCUGUGAAGUAUGGUUUACUGUGUUUCAGCAGAUUAAGCAGAUUGCUUAAUAACAGAUCAGCAGUAAAUCAUUAUUCAGCAGUAAAUCAUAAUUUCGCAGAAUAUUAAAAAUUGUAUAAAUGUGUUAUGUUAAAUUGUGUCAUCGUACAAAAAUGUGUGAAAAUGUUGUUUUUCGCAUAAUCACAAAGUCAAACUGAGCUCCUUCGACUUUAACAUCCCAACAUUCGCGUGAACUUGAGAAUUUAUUUAAGUCACAACCGUUGUGUUAGUGUCCAGCUACAGACCGUGCCUUUGUUUUGCGUUUAUUAUACAAAUCUAUCUAUAUAUAUAUUGUGGUCAAUGAUUAUGUUUUCUUCGCAUUCACUACGUACAUACAUUAUCCCGUAACUGAAGAAUUGGCAUCCGCCAUACCAUAUAUGGAGGUGCGGUGGUGCUAUGGACGUAUACUGAACAAGCUGUGAUACGACGAACAGAUAUUUUUCCUCUCCUCUUCCCUAACAUCAGACAACUUGGAUAGUUAUGAAAACAUGAUACCGUAUAUUUAAUAAAUAAGACUUUUAGAUUCUUACUAAAUUUAAAAUUUUAUACAAGAUUGGUUUCAUGUGAAAUUCACAUUGUUGAAUGUACCGUACGAUGUCCACCUGUUCAACCGUUAAUUGAUACUAUCUGAAUUUUGAUUACCGGUAGGUCCUUGUCCAAAAAGAAAUUAAGUGACAGUGGUGUGUAUCCAGGGGUUGGGAGAAAGUUGGAUUAGAAUGUUGGUUAGAAUGUAGAGAGACGAAAUUGCAAAAUUUAUAGUUUUAAUUGUAAGAAUUAAGAAUCAGUUCUUACAGAUCACCGACAUUAUAAUCCUUGAAUGGUGUAAUCCAAGUCUGGACUUAAGGCACCUGUCACAGACUUUGUCAAAUACAAAUUAUCACAUAAGGUAUAUAAACAAGCCUGUAGAUAAGGCACUCAUCAGACAUUGUCAGACACAUAUUAUCACAUAACUUAUAUAUUAUAAUAUACUGUAUAUGUUGUGUGGUUGUGUGAUAUUAAAUUUGUACUUGUCUAUGACAGGUGCCUGAUGUCCAGGCUUACUGAAAUUUCUAUCCCCCGAAAUAUAUCUCACAAUACAACAUGGCAAUGCCUCCAAAUCACCAACCCAUCUGUCGAAUCCCCGGUUGUACGUGACAAGGAGUAGAGUUGCCUGUCCAACCUCAUGGGUUUUCCUCUGGGCCCUCUGGUUUCCUCCCACUGCUAAAGACCCCUACACACAAACGAAUUAUAGAAAAUAAAAUUGAACCAUGUGUUAGUCCUGAAAUGACCUAGUUUGUGUCAAGUGGAUGUUAAACCCCAUCUCUCUCCCCCUCUCUCUCUCUCUCCAACCUAUCUGAUAAGCCACUGUAUUGAUUUGUAAUGUACAUGCAUUUAAACUGUAUUUAUUAAAUUAUGAUUUAUUGUAAUGAGAUUUAAAACAAUCUGUGGGCCAAUGUUUUUAUAACUAAUCAAUGGAAGUAUAUUAAAAACUGAGGAAGGAAUACUGAAAUAAAUUGAAAAAUAAAGAAAAUAAGAAUACCUCAAAUUGAAUGGCUUGUAGAAGUCAAUAAGUUUUCAAUCCUUAGUUAUCUAUAGAUUUGAGUUUUCUUUCCUUUUUAUUUUUUAAGAUGAAGAAAUUUUGAUUUAUUUAAGAAGUAGGAUGGUAUGUUAUUACUGUUUGUUACUUGAGAGAAAAAAGUGAAACUUGUCUUCAGUCAGAUAUACAUGUAAUUUAUGAGAAUCAAAAAUAUUUUCCUUAUGUGAUGUCAACAUUAAGCCUGCCACACCCUUUUAGAAUAAUAAUAAUGAUAACGACUUAAUUCAGUGGUUCUCAACUUUUUUUUGCCAACAGCACACCUUGGAACACAUGAAAACAUAGCGGCACACCUGGCUAAAUACAUAUGAAAAAUAUUUGAAAUUUGCAAAAUAAAAACAUGGCUAGUCAGGCGGUAUACAACGGCAGAGACUAGUCAUAGACACAUAGUAUGACUCGAACUAAGUAUAGAAAAACACAGCCAUGAACUUAUCGGUAGACACCAGUGAAGACUCAUUUGGGAUCAUGUGGUUUUUUCGCAUUUUCUAAGUGUGCCGUUCAAAAUUCCGCAGCACACUGGUUGAGAAUCAUUGACUUUAUUCAUUUGAUAGUCCAUCCAACUGGAAAUGAGCUGAGGUGGUUCAGUGAGAAAGGUACUUGCUCGCUAACCUGGUCUCAGGUUCGCUCCCGGUGUUGGACGAGAAAUUACCUCGGGAUUCUCCAGUGUUGUUUCCCCUUUGUCACUGGUGCUUAACGGAGGACCUAACAAGGAAUAGUCUAGUUGUUCGGAUGGCAUGAAAAACAGAGGUCCCAUUUACACAUAGAAUUUGAAAUAAAGAGUAGGCAUUAGUGUCUGUGUCUGGGCAAAAUUUCUUUGAUAAAACACUGAUGGCAUAUGCCCUUCUUUAUUAGCCCAGUCAAUGCAGAAAAGUAGGAUCUGAAAAUCCCAUUUAAUAGCAGCUGUAAUGGGUGUUUAAAAUCCUACUACACUAAAAGUUGCUUGAUGGCGUCCAUACUAUAUAUAUACAGAUUAAAACACCACAGAGAAACAAGUCCAGAUGGUGGAAGCUGUCAUUUUUUAACAACAACAAGAUAAUUGAUAUUGAACAGAUUUCAUUGGUUAUUCUUGGAUUCAAUAUUCUUGUAUCUAUUACAUGCAGUAAAAUUUGUCUGUGAUUUAUGCUGUAAACUUUUACAAUAAUCACAAACCUAAUUGCAUGGAAUAGAGAAGCACAGAAAUGCAGCAGCUUCUAGUUCUAGUGGAAAAGUCAGUCAUGGGCAAAAUCUAUAUUCUCAAAAAAUUGUGAAAUGAUAUUUUUAGCCAUUUUAAAUUAGGUGUUGAUCUAUCGCAGAAGACUAGAUUGACAAACUACAAACCAUAUAGCUAGGACAACAAGAUAUUAGGAAAAUAUUUUUAUUUUUCAUAUAUUCAUACAGUUUGUAUGAAAUCUGUCUGAAGGCAAGUCUUUCUUUAUUGGUUAUAAAUUGUGUUAUUGUAAAUGUGUUAAAAUUGUAUAUGUGGGCAAUUAUUUUCAUUAUAUUCACCCCCCCAAAAAAAAUUGUUUAUUUUUAUUUUUUAUUUGUCCAAAAAAAGUAAAAAUUUAAAAGGUAAUUAUUUAUUAUUUUUUUGUUUGUUUAUACCAUGCUUGGCAUACUGUAUGUGUUUUUUGUAAAACAAAAUAUUUUUCCUUUUAAUACGAUAUAUUUUUGUCAAGAAAUACAGCAUUUAAAUUCUUCUGGGUAAAAAAUUGAAAACAUAAUUUUAUAAAAUCUUUGAUGAAAUGCUGAAUAAGAAUUACCUCCUUUUUGUAACAGUUUUUGAUAUUUGCAUUUUAAUGGGAAAAUGAAUAAAAGUGGUGGUUGUUUAAUUUAAAAUAUUUUGAACUUCGUGCGUGUAAAAGCAUACAAAAUUAAAAUCUUGAUCAAAGAGAACCUGAAAAAGGUUUGGAGCUCUACAAACGGAAUCUUACAGCUACAAAAUUUGAAUCUUGAGCAAACAGAACAUGAAGAAUAUUUUUCAGUUCAUUGUGUUAAGGUAUACAAAAUUUGAAUCUCAACCACGCAGAACAGGAGAAAUACCUAGAGUUCAAUGCUUACCUGACAAAAUGAAUACGAAAAAAAUGUUAAAGCGUACAAAAUCGAAAUCUUAAUACUUAGCAUGUAUAUGGCAGUUAAUUUGAUUUUUUUAUCCCCAGAGCUGUCGUAAUAUCGGAUCACUUGGUGGUUUUAUUUUUUUUUCGAAAAAUAGGCCCAAGUAUUAUAACUGUUUAGCCAAAUAGGUCAUACUACCAAAAUGAAUUAGCAACAAUCAUUUUUUUUCUUCAUAUUAUUGUACAAUUAUUAACAACUAAAUAUUGUGUGAGCUUCUAUGUCAAAUAUAUUUAGAAUAAUUUACAGUACGAGGAAAACAAGACUCUCUGAUAUCCAGUCUUAGAUUGUGUGUGGAAUAGAUUAAUUUUCCAGAUCUCUACACAACAACAUAAGAUUCAUGAAUAUUCAGAGAUAAGAAAAAAAAAUCAAGAUUUCUAUUCGCUGUCUUAUAAAAAUGGAGAAAAAAAUAAAUCAAAUUAUAUUCUUUAAAAAUUUGAAUAUAACUUACUAUUUAACUUAUGACUAAGUAAUAGUGUCAAUUAAGGUGGUGCUGUCAAAGCAUUUUCAUUAUCACUUUCUGAUUUCUGCAACUUCAGAAUGAAAUGCUAUUUAAAUGUAAUUUUCGUGAAGUGACUUGGAAAGGGAGGUAACUUAACAUUACCCAAUAUAAAAAGAUCAAUUAUUUUUAUGAGACAGCAUAUGUUUUUUGACCAUGAAAAAUAAAAUAAAUAUUGUAUCCUGUGAAAAAAUGUUAUUAUAUAUAAAAUUGGUUAAAAAUAUUAAGAAAAACAUUGAGAUUAAAAAAUCAUUAAGAUGUGUUAUUAUUUAUAGAACAGUUUGCACUGUAGGUAGUCUGUAUUUCUAUUACCAGUACUGGUAGAUCUGGACUAACUUUAAGUGUUAAUUACCGAGAGAUUCCAUAUUUAAAAAAAAAGAUAUAUCAAGGUCAUCAUGUGUUUUAUUUGGUUUAUAUUUGUGAUUUGUCCGAUCCAAAUUGUUUAUUUUUGAAAAAUUAAUUUACGAUAUUUUGUUUUUCUUUUCAUGUAUUGUUCUGGUUCUAGUUUUGUUGUAUUGCUUUAAGUCGAAUGUGUGGAAGGGUGUAUCUGCGUCAAAUGUAUGUGCUAUGUGUUAUUGUCAUUAAAUGUAUGUGCGUCUCCAAUGUGUGUGCAUGUGUGUGUGACGAUUAUCUAUCAAUGAUGUCAUAUACUGAAAUAUUUGAAAUAAGAAUAAGGUUGCUCUUUAUUUGUAUAUUACGAAUAUUUAAAUAGGUUUGAAGUGAAAUAGUCAACAUAAUGGAAUUUCCUCCCCUUCUCAUGGUCAUUAUAUUGAUAGUUUAGACUCUUUGUUUCUUUUUGGCCAAUAAAAUCUCAAAUCUAUUAAUAUUUGAAAGAAAUAGCCAUUGCUUCCUCUCAAAUGGUUUAUAAGACAAGGAGUCGCGUCGGAGGGGGGGUCGCCUGUCCAACCUCAUGGGUUUUCUCCUGGUCCUCAUAUUUCCUCCCAUAGACACCUACCUAUGCACAUGCGAGUUAUUGAAAUGAAAUUGAGCUAUGUGCUAGUCCUGAAAUGACCUAGUUUGUGUUUAGUGGAUGUUACCCCCCCCCCCCUCUCUCUCUCUCAUUAACCAGGGUUCUUGUUUCAACCAUAUUUGACAGUCUUGACCGAUUGGAGAACCUUAACUGUCAGACAAUAUACAUGCGAUAUAAUUAAAUAUUUCAAAGAAUUAAAACGCAAUGAAUACAUUUAAGUGAUAAUUGGUUAGUACCAUCCUAAAUAAUAAUUGGUUAGUUACAGCGCGACUGAUAAUUGGUUUGUCACAUCAUGAUUGAUAAUUGGUUAGUAACAGCCUGACUGAUAAUUGGUUAGUAAUAGCCUGACUGAUAAUUGGUUUGUAACAUCGUGACUGAUAUUUGGUUAGUAACAUUGUGACAGAUAAUUGCUUACUAACAUUAAAUACCUUAUCUAACCGGCUAAUCCUCCUCCCUGCCAAUCGGUCUGAACUCCACUAAUGUCCUGAAAAUAGAAUAAACUUUCUUUUAAUAUGGUUUGUUUUUAAAAGGAACAAAUUUUCUAACUUUUUUUCAUUUUCAUACAUUUGUAUACAUUUGUGUUAUACAGUGUAAUAAAUUGAUAACGUUUUUGAGUGGCUUAAUUUAUUGAGAAGAAUUUGUAAGAGGAUAAUUUCAUACAGGUUGACAAAUGUUAAAGGGACAUGUUGAUGAAUCUAAUUAUUAAUUUCAAGCAUUUGAACAUGGUAAAAAUUUCACAAUUUCAUAUAUGAUAUCUAUUUAAAAGAUCUUUCAGAUUGAAAUAAAUAACAAAAUGCCACCACAUUUGUAUUGAAUUCAGUGUAUUUAAAAUUUUGUUCAGCACCAUGUCCCUUUAAUAUUUUAAUACCAUCAUACACUUUAAACACAAGAAUGUAAUUAUUACCUAUUGUGGACAGAAAAUGUUCAAUUUACCAGAAUUGUAAAUAUAUAUAUAAAUAUAUACAAAUGAUUAUUCUGUACAACUCAAAUAUUGGUGAAAAUUGUUUCAAAGUCUGGUCAAAUUUAUCGCAGGUCCAGAAACUCCAGCAUAGUAAGCAACUUUAAUGUUCAGGAUAAUUAGUAAUAGAAAAAAGAUUUGUUAGAAUUCUGUGCUUCUAGUUUCUGUAGUUGCCCAAUCGUGUUAAAUAUUUUAGAUUCUGUUGAUAACUACUCAUGAAAAUCAAUGUGAAUAUGAUUUCAGGUUUAUGCAUUAAAAAAUGUAUGUUGGAUUAUUUAUACCCCCCUGACCUUUGCUCUUUAUUUGACCUUCAACUUUGAAACACAACCUUGAAAAUAAUAAUUUUCCUGUGGUCGAUUUGAAAAUUAUUGAGCGAUUGAAGUUUCAAUUUCCAUUCGUAAUGUUAUCAUUUUCAAUGGUUCUAACUCUCGUAUGUACCUUGGUAUCAUGAAUACCAACCAAUAAUUAUAUAGUGACCUUUUCAACUUUGACCCUUAAUUAAACUUGAAGGUCAGUUGGUAAUGUAACUGUAUAUUGAAUUAUAAAGUGUUAAAAUAUCAGAUACUUGAGUCAAGUGCUCAAAUAAUUUUUGCCCAUCAACUGUGGAUGUGAUGAGCUUGCACAAAUAAAUGAUGAAAUAAAGUA